CAGUGUUGCACUUCAUUUUAUUUCCUGUUGGUCCAGUGUUUAAUAGUGUUGGUUUUUUAUUUUGGGAUAGCAACAAAUACUACAGAGUACUUGUUUUAAGGUUUAGGUACCCAGGAGGCUAAGACCCAAGUUAACGAAAGUCAACAGCGAUUAUAAAAAUUAUCAGUAAGAUGCCUCCAGUAGCGCCCGUAUCUCCUGAUUACCUUGGAUUUCUGUACGCCGCGGUCGUUGCAGCCGGAGGACUGGCAGGAUAUGCCAAAAAAAAAAGCAUAGUUUCCUUGAUUAUGGGGCUGUUGUUCGGAGCAUUACUCGGGUUAGGAUCGUAUUUGACCAGUUACGACUACGGAAACGUGCUGGUCUCAACAGCUGCGAGUGGCCUUCUAACAGCGAUAAUGGGACUCCGUUUUAAUAAAUCUGGAAAAUUUAUGCCUGCCGGAAUGGUUUGCUUAAUCAGUCUUUUGAUGCUUGUAAGAUAUGGCAUCCGGCUUGUCUGAUGAGUGACAAUCCCGAAUCAAGCCAGAUCGUUCCUUGAGAAGUGUGGAAUAAUGAGUUCGCCGACAGUUUAAACUGGGAAGAUGCCAUUGAUAUGCUGCAGUGACGCAGUCCUGGACGUAUUCUUAGACUACUCGGUACAUAUUUUAUUGUACAUUUUUGUUUUUUUAAUUUAGUUGUCGACCCAUCGUUCUGUUAUUUCGAGUGAUGAGUUAUGUAUUUGGCGCACAACCGUGAUCGUUAUUUAAUGUUCUGUCAAACAACCGCGUAUGCUGAUGGCUCGCACUUUCUUCGGCACAUACGUAUUCAUGAUGUGAUCAGCUGUGCAACAAAAAUAAUCGUGAGUCUU